CACACACACCCUCUCCCUGGCUCCCUCGUCCUCAUAAACAUGGUGACACUUGCAUUCGGUGUGUGUGUGCGCGAGAGUUAAGCAGGGAGGGUCUAGGAGAGAAAGAGGGAGGGGGGUUACAGAAGCAAGAGAGAGUGAGAGAGAGAGCGAGAGGGGGCAUGUGUGUGCCUUCGACUUAAGGUUAAGGGGAAAAAAAGCAGUAAAACUGAAGUAGCGGCCAUAUCCUGAGGAUUUUUUUGUGGAUGUCUCACUGAAGUGCCAUAUCUGGUUGGAGACUGAAGAUUAUCCAGAUGGGAAGCUCUCAUUUGCUGAACAAAGGCUUGCCUUUAGGCAUUCGACCUCCCAUCAUGAACGGGCCCAUGCACCCACGGCCGCUCGUGGCCCUGUUGGACGGCCGUGACUGCACCGUGGAGAUGCCUAUCCUGAAGGACGUGGCCACGGUGGCCUUCUGUGAUGCCCAGUCCACGCAAGAGAUCCAUGAGAAGGUCCUGAACGAGGCAGUGGGGGCUCUCAUGUAUCACACCAUCACGUUAACACGGGAAGACUUGGAGAAGUUCAAAGCACUUAGAAUAAUCGUCCGAAUCGGCAGUGGUUUCGACAACAUCGACAUCAAGUCUGCGGGCGACCUAGGCAUUGCUGUCUGCAACAUGCCAGCCGCUUCUGUGGAGGAGACGGCCGACUCCACCAUGUGUCACAUCCUCAACCUGUACAGACGGACCACCUGGCUGCACCAGGCGCUGCGGGAGGGCACGCGAGUGCAGAGCGUGGAGCAGAUCCGCGAGGUGGCAUCCGGGGCGGCUCGGAUCCGCGGGGAGACCCUGGGAAUCAUCGGCCUCGGACGCGUGGGACAGGCCGUUGCUCUGAGGGCCAAAGCUUUCGGCUUCAACGUGAUCUUCUACGACCCAUACCUGUCGGACGGGAUGGAACGCGCCCUGGGCUUGCAGCGUGUCAACACCCUGCAGGACCUCCUCUUCCACAGCGACUGCGUCACUCUCCACUGCAGCCUCAACGAGCACAACCAUCACCUUAUCAACGACUUCACCAUCAAACAGAUGCGCCAGGGGGCCUUCCUGGUGAACACGGCUCGGGGGGGCCUGGUGGAUGAGAAAGCCCUGGCCCAGGCCUUAAAGGAGGGCAGGAUACGGGGGGCCGCCCUUGACGUACACGAAACGGAGCCUUUCAGUUUUAACCAAGGCCCGCUGAAAGACGCCCCCAACCUCAUCUGCACGCCCCACGCUGCCUGGUACAGCGAGCAGGCCUCCAUAGAGAUGCGGGAGGAGGCUGCCAGGGAGAUCCGCAGGGCAAUCACAGGGCGAAUUCCAGACAGCCUGAAAAACUGCGUCAACAAAGACUACCUAACCCAGGCUACACACUGGGCCAACAUGGAUCCGGCUGUUAUUCAUCCAGAGCUCAACGGGGCCUACAGGUACCCCCCAGGAGUGGUGAGCCUGGCCUCUGGUGGCCUCCCCCCAGCAGUGGAAGGAAUCGUGCCCAGCGCUAUGCCCAUUUCCCACGGCCUCCCCACCGUGGCCCACCCCCCACACGCCCCCUCCCCUGGCCAGACUGGCAAACCGGAGGUGGAAAGAGAGCAGCAUCCCAGUGACCAGUUGUAGCCCCACCCCUCUCUGCCUUGCCCCGCCCCCUGUGGCCCUUUGUCCAAUCAUGGAACACUCCCCCCCUUCUGUGGCCCAUAGCUGGAGACGUCAUGGGUUACCAAAAGCACCAGUAAAAGUGUGGAUUUGCAGGAGUCUGUUGCAGUUCUAAAGCUGGUCCAGUAACAAUUGGUGGCAAUUUUUUUCUUUUUAAACUAUUUGUGCAGGAGAUGAAUAACAUGGAUUUUAAAAGAAAAGAAGAUAAAAAUCCCUGAGUAUAAAUUGUAGUUUGUCCCUGUACAGUGGGCUGAUUUUACUGUUUCUGUGUCCUUAUGGGUUUCUCAUUAAUCAAGAGUAGUCAAUUAUAUCAUGAAUGUAACCUGUCUGUGUACAGUUUUUAGAACAUUUAAAGGGUCUGUUUGUUUAGCAGUUAAAAAAACAACAAAAACGCAGAUACAAGGGGAAGCAUUCAGUCACCCGAAGACAACUAAAUAUAUAUUUGUUCUUAUGUGUUUAAACAAGCCCGAAAAAUGAGGCAGUUUUGAGGCAAACCUUCUCAGGAAAUUAUUUUUUCCCACUUCUUUUCCUUUAUAAGCCACAUAGUGCAUUGUUUUGUACUCGCUUGUCUUUUUUUUAGAAUAAUUUAGUACCAAACUGCAGAAAAAGAAUCACUAUUAUUUUAAGAGUUGAUUUUAAGAGGCAACGAUACCCUCUGUUUUAAGAUUCAGAAAACACAAGACUUUUCCCAGAGCAAAAGGUUCCCCACAUACGCCCGACCACCUGCCUGCAUUCGCCCGUUUCGUUGUAACUUCAUUGGUGAUCAUACGUCCGCAAAGCAGAGCCUGACUGGCCCAGUAGCACCAUCUCAUUGCCUACAGUGGUUCUUCCUGGUCAAGUAGUAGGCUAGCAAUAUAUUUUGGGUUGAACUACAAAGAAAAAAAAAUUAACAAAUGUUUGUGACUGUAUCCAUUUGUAUGAAUUAUUUUAAAAAGAAAUAAAAAUCUGAGUUAAAGGCC